AGUUCAGAGCCCUUUCAGAUUCCGAAUAGCAGCAGCCGAGCAGGGCUCGCAUACUCCUCCAGUGAGGAGGGAGGGGAAGGGCAGGGCAGAGAGAGGCAGACAGUGUGUGCAGGAACAUUCAGACUGAAGAAAGCUAAAGACACACAAGGCAAGAAAGAAAAGAACGGACAAACAAACAAACAGAAGAGAGAAUAAGAACAAUUUGCUUCAGAGGAAGAUUAGGAAUCUCGAUCUGAUAGAGGAGGAAUUAUGGGGAUGGGAACAAGUCCGCUGGGGUCUUCGGGUGGAGGCAGCGCACCCCCUGGCAAUAAGAAGAAGGGAAAAGCAGGAACGGGAGGCCCAGUGACGGAGGAAGCCCAGAUUUGUUGUGGCUGCCGCUUUCCUUUGCUGGUGGCUCUGUUACAGCUCCUGCUGGGUAUCGCGAUAGCAGGCGUGGCUUUCCUCAUGGUUGCCAUUAGCUCCUCUCUGCUAGCCAGGGAGACGCCCCACUGGGCUGGAAUCAUUUUGUGCGUGGUGGCUUUGCUGGGAUUCGUCCUCUUCUGCAUUACCAGAACGCCUGAUGAAAGAGCAACGGUACAAUUUGUCACAAAGCUCCUGUACUUCCUCUUCUGCACGAUAGGGCUUGUCAUCUCUGUGCUGGUCAUUGCUUUCCAGUGCCACCACUAUGCCCUGACUAACAGCUUUGUGUGCAAGGAAAUGGGCGAGGACUGCGCGUGCACCCUGGACCCUGAGGAUCCUAUUGCUCGAACCUUUACCUACAGUGGCGUGGCAGACUGCAGUGCCAUCGUAAGCACACUCCCGAUGUACAACCUUCUGCAGAUCGUGCUGAACCUGGCUCAGGCCAUUGUCUGCCUGGUGGGGGCUUUCAUGAUGUGGAAACAUCGGUAUCAGGUGUUUUUUGCCGGCCUGCAGACGGGAUCUCCCUCUGCCCAGGAGUGGCAGAAAGUUUAGGGCUGAGAAAUCACUCUCGAGAAGCAAAAAUUGAGGAGCGUAGGAGCGUUCGUGCCUUUAGGAAGAAACUGUUUGCAAUGGAAGCGGAAGUUUUGAGUCAUAUGUGACCUUCAAUCUAAGCAACUGAAUGAUGUUUGUAUUAGGAUAUUUAAAAUAUUUUGGAAAAUGUUUGUGAUUUUUAAGAGAUAUUAUACUUUUGAAUAUUGGCUUUUUGGAAAUUUUUAAGGUUUAUAUUCAAGGUUAAGCGUCUUUAAUUUGCCACUGCCAACGAGAGUAUUUUUAUCAGAAGGAAAGCGAGACCUGUCACGACUUAAAGAAUCUACUCUUCUUACUCACCUUGUGAUGCUAUGCAUACAAUUUCAUUUAUUUGCAGUUUUACAUGUUUAAAUUAAUAAGUAAACAUGUAAGCUCAAAGAUGUGGAAGUACAGUGAGCUUCAAGCCUCUUUUGAAAUGCGGUGCUAAAGUUUGAAAAUUGAGUUUUUGCUUGUACAACCUGCAGAGAUGCUGAUAUUGUAUGAAUCACAAGAACUUCAUAUUUGUCCUACUCCUUUUAUUCAAUUCUUCAGUUCAAGUGCUCUCAUUGGUCCAGGGCCCAAGACAAUGUUCAUAAUUCUUCUGCAAAAGUUGAACAAGUUAUACAUUUUCUUACUUAUAUGAUCAGUUUUAUUAUACAAAAUAAAAAAACUACAUAUAGUAUAAUCAUGCCACAUUCUGAUGACUGUUGCCUUAUAGUGACACACGGUAUCCUUCUAUACUCUGGUAUGUAGUGAGAACAUGCAAAGAAAAACGAAUAUAAAACCGAACUGUUUCUAAAAUGUAAUGUAUUCGAUGCAGUAUCGCUUUAAGAAAGAACUGCCUAGAACCGUAGAGACAAAACAGGCAGUGUACAAGGCAGUCAGAAAUAAUAGGUGUGUCCAGUGACACGGCUGGCCUGAAGUCACAGUUCACACAGCCAGUGAAGGUUUGGGGGGACUAGAAAGGGGUACUGAGAGAAAACGGCUGGUCACUGCCAAUGUAAUGUGAAAAAAAACCCUCUUCCUAUUGUUUUGAUUUGAAGUCAUUAUAUUAUUUUUAAGAGUGGAAACAUGAAAGUAAUGUAAAACAAUCCAAACAUACAUUAAACUCUGUCUUUACUUUGAAACUAAGCCCUGUCACUUUAAAAAGACCUUUAGUUUGGUGUUUGAAUGCAACAUGAUGCUCUGGCACGGGCAAAACACCCUUAAAUGUAAGCUUUGUGUGACUCAUCUCUCCUUUGAGCCUCUUUCUAAUAAAAGACAUUUACAUAACUCUUCUCCUCAUCAUCCAACUGCGGUUUGUUUUAAAUAGUGACUAAUUGAAUUUCACUAUGUGUUUCUCCUAUGCUGAGCAACCAUGUGAAAUAACUUCACCCAAACACAAAUCCCCCUUACAAACAAAAAUAUUCAUAUAAUACUUCUUAAUUGUGCAAUAAAUAAGUAAAUAAACAAUCUCAUCAGCAGUUUCACAAGUGUUUCUGUAAAAAAAACAAUAUUACAGUAAUG